GUGAGGUGUCUGUCCGCAUGCAAGUGUCGUUGUCUCACCACGCACACCUACAACAGCAUCAGGGCCAGCAGCUGACCCGCUCCGUCACCCCCGCGAUUGGCCCUCAUCAGCGCAGCUAUGCCUAGAGCUGCAUCUUAGCAGCUCAAGACAGGGCUCCGGAAGGACGGGCCUAUCACCGAGGGCAGCCAGAGAGGUCAUGGCCAAAAGAAUACAUGAAAGCCUGAUCUGCCCAUAUCAUCAUCACACUGCAAAAACUCAAAACCUUCUCAUCACAUGCAUCCCCUGUCUGUCUGUCUGUCAGCCCGUCUUCUGCCCUUCUCACAUUUGUCCAUCAUCAUCAGGGCAGUCGCUUCAGCCUCACAGCAGUACCAUAGGCAAGAUGCUCGCUGGUCUGCGGCGCCACAGUGCCGGUGGCAUAGCGCAAGCCGAUGACGCCGUUGGCGCCCCUGGCCCUUGCCGCCGCCACCAGGCGGUCGAGGGCCUCCUCUCGAGACUCGCGCUGCAGCUGCGUGUACAUCGCGAGUUCGCCACCAAUGUAGCUGCACACACGAGUACAUCGGAAAACGCACCCCUGAACAUAAUGAGGAGCAUGGCUUCUCCUUCGUCCUUACGACUUGAGAUGGGCCAGGAAGUCUCGCGCCACGUCCCUCGUCCUCACCGUGUUACCCUCAACCACACCCAAAGCCUCCACCACCUCGUAGCCAGGCACACUCAGGACAGUCGACAGCACCACGCGUUCAUCGGUGUCUGCUGUAGUUGCAGCAGGUGGAUCUGAGGAGCUGGCACUGCAGAAUGGCUGGCGGCAGGGGGACUCGCGAGAAGCGGCAACGGGUGCGGUGAGCCGACGGAGAUGUCGCAGCGAAGAGCGGAAAGGCAGCAUCAGAAAGGGGCCUGCAUGAGCAAACACAGCUAGAGGGGAUACGCUGUCUACUCCGCAAGACGCAUUCAGAACAGAUGAGGCCGCACGUCACGUCGUUCACCUUUUAUCGCAGGACAGGGACGAGGGAUUGAGAUCAGAGAAGAGGGACCUGCUGCGCGUGCUGUGCGUUGCGUGUUGGUUGUUGCCUUCGUGUUGGACUCGUAGAUCAGAUGUCUGGUCGUCCCCCCUUAUUCAACGCGCUGCGGGCGGGCGGGCUGCCCAGAUCUCCCUGGUCGCCAU